AUGGAACUAAAUGAAGAAAAAAUGAAAAAGUGGGAAGACGCAUUUUCUUCUAAAUUGGAUAAAAUGGAAGAAGCAAUAAAACAAACAGAGAUAUUUGUAGAAUCCGUUCGAGAAAACCAAUUACAGAAACAAUCGCGCCUUAAUGAUUCAUACCAGGAAAUUGUCGACCGCUUCAAAUUUCAAACGAAAAAUGAAACUAAAUUUCACGGAGAACAGAUAAAUUCUCUGUUAACAACACUGUCGUCAAAAAUAGAAGAACUCAGUGUUGCCGAAAAGAAAAGAGAAAAUACUCUUGGAUCAAUGCAGAAUACUCUUCAUCAAGAGCAAGAGCGAUUCAAUCAAUCAUUUGAUAUAAACGUGCGCCAAUCCAUGAAACAAACAGAAACGUUCGAAAAAUCAAUGCGGAAUAUUCAAUUACAAGAACUAUCAAGACUUAAUAAUUCAUAUCUGGAAAUUGUCGAACACUUUAAAAUCCAAUCCAAAAAUCAUACUGAAAUUCUUGGAAAACAGAUGGAUAUUAUGUUAAAAUCAUUGUCCUCCAAAGUAGAAGAAUUCAGUGAAGCCGAAAAAAACAGGAAACGUAAUCUAGAAGCAAUGCAGAAUACUCUUCACCAAGACCAACAGCGAUUCAACCAAUCAUUUGAUCUUGCACUGCAAAACAUCAGACUCUCUACCAAUAGAACAGUUCACGAACAAAUUGCACAACAGAAGAAAGAUUAUGAGGAAUUAAUGUCAAAACGGACCACGGUGGCAUUCUCAGCUUACACAACACAUUCACAGGCUCUUACAACUAAUACAAAUAUUAAGUUUGAGAAGAUCUGGACUAACAUAGGAAAUGGAUAUAAUCCAAGUACAGGGAUAUUUACUGCUCCACGUCAAGGUGUUUAUCACAUUACAGCAGUUGUUAUGUCUGUGAGUGGUGACAGCCUUUAUCUCCAUCUUAAACACAAUACUGAAUAUACAGCAGGAAGUUAUAUAACGGGAGAUGGCUAUAAGACUGGUACAUUCGAUGCUGUAAUGAAUCUACAUAAAGGUGACAAACUUUCUGUUGGUAGUAGGGGAAGUUACACUGUGUUCAGUGACAGUAGUAGAUAUACUACAUUUUCUGGGCAUCUUAUUGCAUAA